AUGUACUUUUCGUGGAUAUACAUUAAUAAAAUUGUGAACAACCUCGUAUAUAUAACCAUACCGUGGCUGACAUUAUUUUUACCAAACAGUCGAAAGAUGCUAAGAUUCGGCGAAGCUUCAUUUGAAAAUUUGUCAGACUUUCUAACCAUUCUUAACAAUAAAAACAAAUUACAUUUAGAGAACGUAUCAAGUGUUUGUGGGAAGUUUAAGGACAAAAGAGUAGUGGAACAGACAUUUCUUAUUUGUGAGGAACAGGGACUAGACCCAUUAGUAGGUUAUCAUGCCAUUGAAAUACUGGAGAGGUUUAUGGUCAAACAUAUCGCCAAUUUAUUCUCCAGCCAGAAGAGUGAAGUCUGUGAAGGUGUCUCAUGUAGGAGUACAGAAAAAUAUGAAGACUUACUCUUUCAGAGUCUGAGUGAAAAGUUCUACAUCUUCAUCCUUUCUAGUGUGCAGAUAGCCAGCAAACUAUCUUUACAUUCCAGUGUCAUUGACAACAACUCUGCAUCAAGAUAUCUUCAGUCAGUCGGUAGCAACUGUGCCAGAGAAAAAUUAAUAGAGUCAGAGCUGCUCAUCUUGAAAACUUUAGACUUCAAACUGAGUGUACCAAAUCCUCUGUCAUAUGUGGAGACUCUUCUGGAUGUUCUUGGCCAUAAUGACCCGACUGCCCCUGUCGCACACCUGCACCACCUGUGUAAGUAUGUUCUUCAGUUUAUCUACCUACAGAGGGAUGCUAUCUACCACUCACUACUCAUGGCUGCUACCGGACAUCUCGGCCUUUCCUCAGCUCAAAGAGCACAGUUUGUGUCAGUGACUGAGGACUACAUGCUGUUAGGGGUUGGCGUUAUCACUGUUGCUGCUUUCAUCUACCAAACAUUUGCUUGGAAAAAGGUUGUUGACGAGCUCACUCUGAUUACUGGUAUUUCGGCAAAGAGCAUCAUGGACUUUGCUCAUGUGACUCUUAUGCACAUUACAGAGAGCAAAUCACCAUAA